UGUAUGAUGCUAUGAUAACUCGUCAUUAGUGGUCCUGUCGGAAAUUGAAAGCAGCAGAGUUUAGGAAGCUUUUUCAUAUACAAACUUUUCUGAUUUUUCUUGUUACCCGGUUCGCAUUUUCAUCCCAGGGAGAAGGAAGAACCCUGAACUUGAAGAUGGCCCAAGCUGCACAAAACCCUCCUUUUCAGCAGCAGAAAGUCAUAAUACCCAACAAGCUAGGCAAUAAACUAGUGGGCAUAAUACAUGAAUCUGGAACCAAAGAGAUUGUUAUCCUAUGCCAUGGUCUUCGAGCCUCCAAGGAAGACAAUAUCAUGAUGAACCUUGCUGCUGAACUAGAGAAUGCAGGAAUCAGUUCUUUCCGCUUUGACUUCACUGGAAAUGGGGAGAGUGAAGGUUCAUUUGAGUUUGGUGACUAUUGGAGGGAGGCUGAUGAUCUACAUGCUGUUUCUCAACACUUUCAUGGAGCAAAUCGUAUAGUUAGUGCAAUUAUUGGGCACAGUAAAGGAGCUAAUGUGGUGCUUCUUUAUGCUUCAAAAUAUCAUGAUAUUAAAACAGUUGUCAACCUCUCUGGUCGCUAUGAUCUGAAGGGAGGCCUUGAAGAAAGUUUUGGAAAAGAUUUUACGGAAAGAAUCAGGAAAGAAGGUUUCAUUGAGUUGAAGACAAAGUCAGGAAUUGUUGAUUAUCGUUUAACUGAGGAAAGUUUGAAGGAUCGGUUAAACAUAAAUAUGCAUGAAGCAUGCCAGCAGAUUGACAAAGAAUGCAGGGUCUUUACAGUUCAUGGUUCAGCUGACACCAUAAUCCCGGUUGGAGAUGCACUUGAGUUUGCCAAGAUCCUACCUAAUCACAAAUUACAUAUCAUAGAAGGAGCUGAUCAUGUAUAUACUGACAAUCAAGCUGAGUUAACGUCAGUUGUGGUGAAUUUUAUAAAGGAAACCUUGCAACUGGACAGACAAGUUUUAUGCUAGCUAGGUCCCUGAUGAAACCUGCCUAUGAUGCAAUAUUGCAGUGUGGUAGUCCUCUUUCAUUUUAUUGAAUGAGAGAGAACCAUCGUUAGCUGUGACAGCAAUAUUUCAUAUAUGCCCAGUUUAUUUGCCUUUAAUGUAUCAACUAUCAAGUUAAUGUAUGCUAAGUCUCCUACGUACUAUGUAUGUGGAGCAAACAGUUAUCAUAUGGUAAAUAAGGUUGGGCAAUU